AUGGCUGACCAGCUGACGGAGGGGCAGAUCGCGGAGUUCAAAGAAGCCUUCUCGCUCUUUGACAAGGAUGGGGACGGGACCAUCACCACCAGCGAGCUGGGGACCGUCAUGCGGUCGCUGGGGCAGAACCCUACCGAGGCCGAGCUGCAAGACAUGAUCGGCGAGUUGGACGCCGACGGCAGCGGCACGGUGGACUUCCCCGAAUUCCUGUCCAUGAUGGCGAGGAAGAUGAGGGACACGGACAGCGAGGAGGAGAUCCGGGAAGCCUUCCGCGUGUUCGACAGGGACAAGAACGGCUACAUCAGCGCGGCGGAGCUCCGGCACGUCAUGACCAACCUCGGCGAGAAGCUGACGGACGAGGAGGUGGACGAGAUGAUCAGGGAGGCUGACAGCAACAGCGAUGGGCAAGUCAACUACGAGGAGUUUGUACGGAUGAUGACAGAGAAGAUGCCAACAUUUGACUCUCCAGGGGGCCCAUUGUUUCAUCCCUGGGCAAGGGAGUCACAGGAGACUUCCCCACAGCUGACCGAGGAGCAGAUCGCAGAGUUCAAAGAAGGCUUCUUGCUCUUUGACAAGGACGGGGAAGGGACCAUCACCACCGGUGAGCUGGGGAGCAUCAUGCUGUCACUGGGGCAGAACUCCACUGAGGCCAAGCUGCAAGACAUGAUCGGCGAGUUGGACCUCGAUGGCAGCGGCACAAUUGACUUCCCCGAAUUCCUGUCCAUGAUGGCGAGGAAGAUGAGGGACACGGACAGCGAGGAGGAGAUCCGGGAAGCCUUCCAUGUGUUUGACGAGGACAGGAAUGGCUACAUCAGUGUGGCGGAGCUCCAGCAAAUCAUGACCAACCUCGGCGAGAAGCUGACGGACGAGGAGGUGGACGAGAUGAUCAAGGAGGCCGAUGCAGAUUGCGACGGGCGAGUCAACUACAAGGCGUUUGUGAGGAUGAUGGCCUCAAUGUGA